CACUAGGCAAAGAAAGAUAAAGCGAACCUAACCAGUAGCCACCAUCUCUUACCGUUAUAUAAAGUCGUCAUUUUAUCUUUUUCUUCUUCUUCUUUUUCUUUCUUUAGCAGCAGCAGCGAUGGCAGCUCUAUCUGAAUUCCUUUCUCGCCUCUACACAAUAACCAUAGUCUUCUUCUGCCUUCUACUCCUCGAAGCCCUAAUUCUAUUCCGUUCAGUCACGGGAACCAUAUCCAAUUACAAUCCGACUAAACGCGUCAUCAGCACAACAAAGUAUCUCCAAUUAAUCGAAGAGAAGAACCCAACAAUUCUCUACACCGACAAGUUACGGCAGCAAUCGGCGACGGAAUGCGCGGUUUGUCUGUCGGAGUUCUCGGAGGGCGAGUAUGUGCGGAGGUUAAUGAAAUGUAAGCAUACAUUUCACAGAGAUUGUCUUGAUAAAUGGCUUCAGCAGUAUUUAGCUACUUGUCCUCUUUGCAGGACUAAGGUUCUGCCUGAUCAGAUUGUUGCUGAUUUUCACCGAUUGCAGGAUAAUCAGAGUAUUAAUCAGUAUUAUUAUUAUGAUGGUAGUGAUGAAGAGAUGAUCUUCUUGUUGUCUGCUUUACAUGGUAAUGGUUUACACAGAAUCUUUUAAGCUUCUUUUUACUUUUCUUUCUUGUUUUUUAUUUUAUUUUAUAUGUAUAAUAUCUUUUUUGUAUAAAUCCCUACAAAUAUGAAAUAUAUGUGUCCAUAGAUUAGUAAUUACAUAAGUAUUUUGGGGGCAA